AUGGAAACUGUUCCGCUCGAAUUUGGAAACGCUGAAAAACGAGCCGCAUGGGAAACAGCGUUUCGUGAGGUCAAGACAGCAUUGAUCAACCAACAAAUAUCUGCACCACCUGCUCAGCUGAAAUCUGUAAUUGCUCAUCAAACUCGGCCGGGCUUACAGCUCUGUGCUGCAACAGUUGUUCCUGGAAAAAGACCCGACUCUGCCCCUUAUGUAUGGCUGUGUGCUAGUGAUAAAUUCAGCGGGCAAGUUGCCGUAGUCUCCCUUGAGAAUGGCGAUGCAUGUAUCGAAAGCUGUGCUGGAAUCGGUAAUGCGGCUGUUACAGCCGUAUGUACAGUACCCCCACCGCCCAGAAAACGAAAACGGAAAGUCAGAUCGCAGAAAUCGCUUGACCAUUUAGCUAAGAGUGAGACCGUUUUUGAUAGGAACAGUGGGGAGUCUUCCGAUUCCGAUGACGAUAGCAAUUCUGGUCAGAUAAGUGUAUGGAUAGGAAAUGAUGAUGGAGAAGUAUUUGUCAUUAAUUCCACCGAACGAGUGAGAACUCGAGCUCGUGAACGUGUUGCCAGAUUGAAUUAUCCAGUAACUGCAAUCGUUCCUGUGGCUGGCUACGUUUUCGUAGCGACUGCCAGCACGACAAGUGUUCAACUGCUUCGAUUUCAAACAUCCGCAGAGCGCUUUUGGGAACUCGAUAACCCUACUUCUCUAAGCCAUUCCCUAACCAGACCAGUCUUAGCGAUGUGUCAAGUUGGCAGACGUCUGCUUUUGGCAAGUGGUUACCAAAUUCAUUCUAUGGAUACGGAGGAUAGUGGCUGGGAGUUGCCCGUCGACGUGGUGGCACCAACUGAGGCGAUUGCACUAAUGACAUCAUCUGGGUCCUAUCUUUUCUGCUGCGCACGAAAAUCCACAAAUAUUUAUGUUGUGGAUGCAUUUUCUCUAAAAGUUGUAAAUCAUUUUGGAAUUGCUACUUGCAUUAGAAAUCAGCUUGCGGGUGAGUAUAUAUUUUUGGGCAACCAGUCCAAAUGGUUGCAAAUUUGUGAUUGUUUAGGUCGAGAAGAUAUCAUACGGGAACACAAAAUGGGCUGCUUACGGAUAUCAUGUAUCACCGUGGCAACUUCCCAACUUUGGAUAGGUACUUCAGCCGGAAUCGUCAUAUCAACACCUCUUCAUUGUGCAAAAACUCAACCAAACCCUCCUCUUUCAGUUCGCGAAAUGGGUCAUGCUGGUCCAUGUCGGGUGCUCAUUCCAAUUAAUGUCGCGUUGACGAGGAAAGCCAGACGCAUGUCUUUGAACGUGCCAUCUCAGCAGGCUUCACAGUUGCUAGUUGCAAGUUGUGGUGAAGGUCUUGACGAUCGGACGGGUACUCAAGAUCCUGCAAAUGACGCUGUCAACCACCUGAUAUUUUGGAAAUGCCCACAAUUAUGCGAGUCCAGCUAG